ACACUGCAACUUCAAAAGGAGAAAUAUGAAGGUGAUUGUUGACGUAGACACCGGGAUUGACGACGCCACGGCAUUGAUGCUACUGCUGUCGCGAGCUGAUGUGGAGGUGUUGGCGAUCACGUGUGUACGGGGAAAUAUAGACCUAGACAAAGUGUGCGUCAACACGCUCCGAGUCCUCAAGGAAUGUGGCAAGCAGGAUAUUCCUGUAUACAGAGGUGCAGAUCGCCCCAUCCUUGACAACGAAACGGAUGCGUCUCACUUUCACGGGGUUGACGGAAUGGGUGACGUCACGUGGUCCGAGGAGGUGGAUAUCGCAGACCUACAGUCUGAACAUGCUGUAAUGGCUAUACUAAGACUUAUCAACAAGUAUCGAGGGGAGAUAACUCUAAUUCCCCUGGGGCCUCUGACCAACAUCGCCCUUGCGUUGCGCCUGGAUCCAGACCUUGGACAGAAACUAAAGGAGGUGUUUAUCAUGGGAGGUAAUAUUGAAGCUCGUGGAAACGUCACGGUUUCGUCGGAGUUCAACUUUUAUAUCGACCCUGAAGCCGCAUACAUCUGCCUGAGUUCGCUUAAGGCCCCACUGUCUAUUAUUCCGUGGGAGGUUUGUCUGGAUACACAGAGACAGAUACCAUGGGCUGUCUACGACAAAUGGAUCGGCCUAGGCACCCCGAGAGCUAACUUCUUCAAGAAAAUCACCGAACAUUGGAUUGAGAAAGUCAAGAGCAGACGACAACCAGGUUUCCAGUCAUGUGAUCUCUUUGCCAUGACAACAGUGCUGGACAGGGAAAGCAUAUUGGACAAGGAGGCUGUUCAUGCAACUGUGGAGCUACACGGACACCUGACCCGAGGUCAAAUGGUCGUUGACUGGAAGGAUAGAAUGGGCAAUGAGCCAAAUGUGACGAUAAUUAAGAAAAUCUGUGUUGAGAAGGUGAAGCAGUUUGUACUGGACAUGCUUCAAUGAUAAUACCGCCUCAGCUAUCUUCACCAGGGUAUCCUACCCUUUGUAACACACGCAUUUUGUCACACAGCUCAAAUGUGAGAUGAAAUUGGGUUUGACGUCGCCUCCAAGAUAAUUGCACUUAUUGCACUUAUAUAGCGACGUGCAUGCACAUGUGUGUGUAUGUGUAUGGCUUUUGUAUGUUCACAAAUUCUUCACUAUUCAGCACUGCAUUACGUUACUUCAUCAUACAUAUUAAUAUACAUGGGUUGAGCGGGUAGUCGAGUGGUUAAAACGUUUGCUCGCCACACCGAAGACCCGGGUCGGAUUGUCAACAUGGGUACAAUGUGUGAGGCCCAUUCUAGUGUUUUUCCCUCAUCCAAGGGUCUUAUUAGACAGUGAGUUUUUUUAUAAUGAGUUUAAUUCUAUUGCUUGUAUCACAAUUUUUUGGAUUUAUUUUCCAGUUUGUUUUCCAAUAUAAAUAAGUUAUCUAACCUGUCACUCAGGUUCUCAGCAUCUAAUUUCACGCAGAUCGGCCUAAUUAUAAGUAAGCUGGACAAUUCCAUCACAACUGGCAAAAUCUGAGUGCAUAACAAAUGGUAUGUGUAACUUAUGGGGGACUUGUCAAAAGUCGGUGUGAUCAUUACUGUUUUCAGGGAGUGGUGGUGGAUAUAAUGCACACGCGUAUAUACACAGACGUUAUAUUAAGGUUGAAGGUUUAAA